AAUCGAAGCUCGCGUCCAAUGGAGGCUAGGAUAGUGACGACCAAUCGCCGAGCUCGUCUCACCGGGGACGGGAAGUAGUGCGUAGAAACGGUCAACAAACAUGGCGGAAGAGCACAGUGAAACGCUUGCAGAACCAAACCUGGAAGGACAGAUGCAGAUAUCAGAAAAUCCUCACGCGGAGUACGGUCUCUCUGAGAAUGUGCAGAGGAUAGUUGAGAAUGAAAAACUGAAUGCGGAGAAAACAUCUAAACAGAAAGUGGAUCUGCAGUCCCUUCCAACUCGGGCGUAUCUGGAUCAAACAGUGGUACCCAUUCUUUUGCAAGGCCUCUCAGUUCUGGCAAAAGAAAGACCUCCCAAUCCUAUUGAAUUCCUGGCCGCAUACCUUUUGAAGAACAAGUCACAGUUCGAAGAGAGAAAUUAGCUUGCAUGGAAAAUGCAAAACUGAAGACUUCAUCGGAUCCAUUUGCAGUUGCAAAGAAGGCGGUGACUCUAGAAUAUCAUGGUUUGUGAAAGCAAAUCAGGAAAAAAAACAAGACCAGGAUAUGCAUAAAGUGGCUCAUAAUUCAUCUAAAGUGUGGUAACUGUGCAUAGCUCAUCACCAUUUUCGGUUAUUUAUGUAAACAUUGUGAUGUUAAAUAAACCACUUUGUGUUUUUA